GUGAAGACGCGCAGAGAUUUGAGAUUGAGAGGAUAAGCUUAGUCUUCUUGUUUGGCUCAGUUUCCUGCGAAAUUCAAGUGGCUUUCGCCUCUCUUUUUCUCUCUAUCUCUGUAUCUUUUCUCAGCGAAAAUGUUUAUUGAGAAUUUUAAAGUUGAGAGUCCUAAUGUGAAGUACACAGGGACGGAGAUUCAUUCUGUAUACAACUAUGAGACCACAGAGCUUCUUCAUGAGAACAGGAAUGGUUCAUAUCAAUGGACUGUUAAACCCAAAACUGUCAAAUACGAAUUCAAGACCGACACAAGUGUCCCUAAAUUAGGGGUUAUGCUUGUGGGAUGGGGAGGAAACAACGGUUCAGCCCUUACCGGUGGUGUUAUUGCAAACAGAGAAGGAAUCUCUUGGGCAACCAAGGACAAGGUGCAGCAAGCCAACUACUUUGGCUCACUAACCCAGGCAUCAUCAAUUCGAGUUGGGUCUUACAAUGGAGAAGAGAUUUAUGCUCCAUUCAAGAGCCUUCUUCCUAUGGUGAACCCAGAUGAGAUAGUGUUUGGGGGUUGGGAUAUAAGUGACAUGAAUCUGGCUGAUGCCAUGGCCAGGGCCAAGGUUUUUGAUAUUGAUUUGCAAAAGCAACUAAGGCCGUACAUGGAACAUAUGGUCCCACUCCCUGGAAUCUAUGACCCUGAUUUCAUUGCUGCCAAUCAAGACUCGCGUGCCAACAACGUUAUCAAAGGCACUAAGAAAGAACAAGUUCAGCAAGUCAUCAAAGACAUUAGGGAAUUCAAGGAAAAAACCAAAGUGGACAAGGUAGUUGUGCUGUGGACUGCCAACACAGAAAGAUACAGUAAUGUAAUUGUGGGCUUAAAUGAUACUAUUGAGAAUCUAUUUGCUUCUAUGGACAAAGAUGAAGCUGAGAUCUCCCCUUCCACCUUGUAUGCUUUGGCAUGUAUUCUUGAGAACAUUCCUUUCGUCAAUGGAAGCCCACAGAACACUUUUGUGCCAGGACUAAUUGAUUUGGCCAUAAAGAAUAACAGUUUGAUUGGUGGAGAUGACUUUAAGAGUGGUCAGACCAAGAUGAAAUCUGUGCUGGUUGAUUUCCUUGUUGGGGCUGGCAUCAAGCCAACAUCAAUUGUGAGCUACAACCACUUGGGAAACAAUGAUGGCAUGAAUCUCUCAGCACCCCAAACCUUCCGCUCAAAAGAAAUCUCCAAAAGUAAUGUUGUUGAUGACAUGGUUGCAAGCAAUGGUAUCCUCUUCGAGCCCGGUGAACAUCCUGACCAUGUUGUUGUCAUUAAGUAUGUGCCGUAUGUUGGAGACAGCAAGAGGGCUAUGGAUGAGUACACAUCUGAGAUAUUCAUGGGUGGCAGAAACACAAUUGUGCUGCAUAACACAUGCGAGGACUCGCUCCUGGCUGCACCCAUCAUCUUGGAUUUGGUCCUCCUUGCUGAACUCAGCACCAGGAUCCAGAUCAAAGCUGAAGAUGAGGGGAAGUUCCAUUCCUUCCACCCUGUGGCUACCAUUCUCAGUUACCUCACCAAGGCCCCUCUUGUUCCACCAGGCACUCCAGUGGUGAAUGCACUGUCAAAGCAGCGUGCAAUGCUUGAGAACAUACUGAGGGCGUGUGUUGGUCUGGCUCCUGAGAAUAACAUGAUUUUGGAAUACAAGUGAAAUUAUUAUCGAAUGAGGGAGAAAGAAGAGUGACUGCAAGCAAUUCUUUGAUUAUGUAUUCCCUUCUUCUGUAGACCUGUGGUGAAUAGUUUUAUAUAGUUUUCAUAGAUGCAAUGCUGGGUGGUGUUGAGUGGUCAUAGUGUUUCUAUCUAUCUUUUUGAAUGGUGCUCAUAAUUAUGAAUAUAUAUGGAGCAAGCAUCUUUUUGUGAUGAAAAUUAUAAAUAAUAAAAACAAAAUUGUGUUUCAGCAA